AUGCUCACCUUCUACAACCCGUACAUCAUUGGAGCCAUCUCUACGAUGGGAGGGUUCCUCUUCGGUACUGAUAUCUCGUCUAUCUCCGCCUUCAUUGGCGUCGACUCGUACAAGGACUACUUUGGUCACCCCGACGAUAUCGUGCAGGGCGGUAUCACUGCUGCCAUGCCCGGUGGCGCGUUCAUCGGUGCCAACGUCGCUGGUUACGUUAGUAACCGCUUCGGUCGCAAGCCUUCCAUCAUCAUGGCCACCGUCUUUUGGGUCGUCGGUUGCGCUCUGUGCUCUGCUGCUCAGAGCGUCGGCAUGCUCGUUGUCGGCCGUCUGAUCAAGGGCGUCUGCGUCGGCUGGUGCUCCAGCCAGGUUCCCGUCUACCUCGCCGAACAAUCGCCCAAGGAAAUCCGUGGACGCCUCGUUGGCUGCCAGCAGCUCGCUACGACUAUCGGUAUCCUCGUCAUGUUCUACAUCUCAUACGGCUGCUCCUUCAUCAAGAGCGAGACGUCCUGGCGACUUGCAUGGGGUCUGCAAAUCAUCCCUGGCUUCUUGUUGGCGAUUGGCAUGAUCUUCUGCCCUGAGUCGAAUCGAUGGCUCGCUUCCCACGAUCGCUGGGAAGAGGCCGAAUACAUCGUUCAGCGCAUUUACAACCUCCCCCUCGACUCGCCACAGGUGCAAAGCGAGAUCAAGGAGAUGCACGAAGCCAUCCGUCUUGAGCGCGAGGCUGCCGAUAUCACCUACAUGGACAUGUUCCGCGCUCGCUUGAUCACUCGUACCAUUGCCGGAAUGUCCGCUCAGCUCUGGAGUCAGCUCGUCGGUGUGAACGUUAUGAUGUACUACAUCGUUGAUAUCUUCACGAUGGCUGGCCUUACCGGCAACACCAACCUCAUCUCCUCUUCGAUCCAGUAUGUCAUCAACUUCGCCAUGACGAUUCCGGCCAUCCUCUUUGUCGACCGCUGGGGUCGCCGCAUGACUCUGCUGCUCGGUUCCGCGUUCAUGGCUGCUUGCAUGUUCACCGUUGCGGGUCUCCUCGCCGGCUACGGCCACUACGUCGACAGCCUCGACGGCAACCAAGACGUCAGGUGGGUUGUGCGCGGACCGCCCUCUAAGGGCGUCAUCGCCGCCUGCUACCUGUUCGUUGCCGCAUUCGCCGUUUCUUGGGGCCCGGUCAGCUGGAUUUACAUCUCCGAGAUCUUCCCUCUGCCCGUUCGUGCCAAUGCCGCCGGUCUCGCCACCGCGACCAACUGGAUCAUGAACUUCGCUCUCGCCUUCUUCGUCCCCGUCGCCUUCAGGAACAUCCAGUGGAAGACGUACAUUAUCUUCGGCGUGUUCUGCAUUGCUUCCUUUGUGCAGGUCUUCUUCACCUACCACGAGACCAAGGGACGCUCGCUCGAGGACAUCUCCGCUCUGUUCGAGUCUGGUGUUUCGCCGUUCGCCAAGGCACCUCCGGCCGAUGCCCUUGCGCGCGUCAAGAAGGCAGACUCGGUCUCCGACCACGACUCCGCAAGCCACCACGUCCCCGACGAGAAGGCGUAA